CGCCGUCAGUGGACACAACUAGAAAAAAUCAAAAAAAUCAUGCAACUGGAUGAUGAAAUAGGAAAACUCUCGGCUACUGUCCCGCCAGUUGUUUCUCGAGCAUUGGAAUUAUUUAUCGAACAAUUACUGACUAGAGCAUACAAACUGACUAUUUCUAGGAAUUCGAAAACUAUUCUACCUUCUUAUUUGUAUGCGCUGAAUUCUUGUAUUACAUUUUCCCAAGGAAGGAGUGAAGAGGUCUUUGCCUUUCUCAAACCCCUUGUCGCCCAUGUUGCGCCUCCGAAAUCACUUGAGGAAUCAAAAACACGAAUAAAUCCGGCACCUUCAGAAGGUAAAUCAAAGCAAAGAAAUGGUACUUGUGGGCGCAAACGACAGAUUGAUGAGUGCUCUUCCGACUGUAUUUUGUCUGACGAAUCGGGACCAUCAAAUUCUUCCAAAAGUAACGGCCGUAGGAAAUAUUCGCGUCCUAAGAACCAGAACAUCGCUCAUAAUGAGAGUUCAGUUGAUUUAUAA